GACGUUAACUUGACCUCAUUUCUUUAGGGGGGUCGAACAGUGACGAGACAGAUGGAUCCGCAAGCAUGCUUAGGUAACUAUGGCUCGCGGGAGAUCCGAAAAAAUGGCAUCGACGCGACGCAAGCUUCCUUCUCGGUAUUUUCAAUCAUUUCCUCGAUGCUGAUGCCAGAACUAGCGUGGUUCGUUCAUAGUCUCCCCCUGAAAAGAGACCAAGGUCAGAGCUGCCUCCCUUGUUGAUAGUCAAACAUGAUGGCGGAUGGGGCCUCGGCUAGUGGGCUACGUGACGAGAGGAAUGUGUGCCAAUUGUGUGGCGCCCUCGAGAACCUUUCAUUAUGUGGGGGUUGCCGCGAGAUAUGGUACUGCUGCAAGGAUCACCAGCGCGCGCACUGGAAGGAACAUAAAAGAAAGUGCAAACAGAAACAGCACAAGACUGACGUCUGUAGAACCGAGCAAGUGACCACUGGUACCAGUUAUACUUCUCUUGGGACACCGACUUUACCUUCUGGGGUAUUGAGCGACAGUAGGGACUUUGCUGCAGCGGGGGUGAGCAGUAGCCAAGAAACGGUUUUGUUAGUUGGCGAGGAAUAUGCGGCUUCUGUCAGCGCCGGUGAAAAUGAGAACUUCAACGAAGAAAAACAACACGUUUCAGAUUGCGGCAAACUGUCGGAGGUAGCUUUAGGGACCCAGGAAAAGUCAGCAAAGCAUACAGAUGAAAUAAACAAGAAAGAUCGGCUUCCAACCAUCACAGAGGAAGGUGAACGCUACUUUCUUGACGUUCCAUUUGCCAAAACUGUGAAGUCUAAAAGACAUACUAACCGGCUUCGACAAAGUGCCGACGCGAUGUCUCCUAAAGGCACCACUGUUGACACCAAGCUCACCUAUUUAGACAUUCUCAAAUCUCGCUUCAGUGUCAUUGCGGAGUAUGUUGUAAAGUGCCUGCAGACUUAUGGCAUUUGUGUGAUUGACGGUUUCUUGGGGGAGGCGACCGGUACAGAAAUCUUCAAAGAGGUGAAACAGUUGCAGGACCUUGGUGUUUUCCGAAAAGGACAGCUUGUGCACACAGCAUCUGCAUCGUCAGAUGCAAUCAGGGGAGACAUUAUCACAUGGGUGGAUGGUCGUGGGCAAUCGAGUGAAAACAUUCAGUUUUUGGUAUCGUGCAUGGAUGCAGUUGUUAAAAAUUGUUCAUGCCUCAUGGAGGGUUACACAAUCAAUGAACGAACAAAGGCCAUGGUAGCUUGCUACCCACGAAACUCCACGGGAUAUGUAAGACAUAUAGACAAUCCUAAUGGCGAUGGCAGAUGCAUCACCUGCAUUUAUUACCUCAACCAGAACUGGAACGGACGUCAAGAUGGUGGUCUUCUGCGGAUUUUUCCUGAGGGCAAAGACAGGGUGGCCAAUGUAGAACCCAACUUUGACAGGCUUCUGUUUUUUUGGUCUGACAGACGAAAUCCACAUGAAGUAUUGCCUUCAACACGGGACAGGUAUGCCAUAACAGUUUGGUACUAUGAAGCAGAAGAGCGUGCAAGAGCUCUCAAACAGUACAGAGGUGAGGUGUCUAGUCACCCAAAGAAAGAAGCAGUGCCUCUAUUUAAUGUCUCACAAAAUGAAGAGAGAGACUCCUAAGUGCUUGCAUUCUGUGUUUCAAGACAUUACUGCUUCUGAAAAUGUAAUGAUGGAAGCAUCAGGGCUGGUACCGUGAUUGUUUUAUCAUAUUUCCAUAUUGCCUCCUCCCCCACCAAUGUUUGCUGUCAUGUCUGAUGUCUGUCCCUUUUUAUCUACAAUUCAGGGAAUCUUAUGGACAUUUCAUUUUAUUGAUUCAUCAGCAAUAUGAUUUUUAAAAAUUCCUAUCACAUUUCUGUAACACUUCAAGGCAGAUUUUCUUUGUAGCUUUUAAACAUUGGAUAAUGGACAGAUUACUGUCCACUCCUCAUAAAAUAAACUUUGUCCAUCUUACCCAGUAAAGCAGGUACUCCUUUUAGCCUUUGUUUUGCAUCUUUCAGAACAGCAAUAUGCUUGUUCUGGCUGUUGUAGUAGUCACUCCUGUGUCAGUUUUCUGAUCAGUUUUGUAUUGGCUUUGUUUUGCCAAAUGUGCUGGAGGUGACAAUUUAGAAUAUAUUUUAACAUAACACUGGAAGAGUUUCGCUUCCUCAGAUGUGAUGACAACCUCUUACUGCACUGGUGACAGGAUAAUUUUGAAGUUGCAUGCAUGAAGCAUGUUUUGAAGAUGUUAAGUUAUUGCAGUUCGCAAACUGUGUUGAGGACAGGAAAAUGUUUGUCUGGUGCAUCAUUUCUUUCCUGAAUGCAGCCAUAUUAAGUCUGUGCUUAUCAGUCAGACAUUAUGAACAUGAAAUAGGAUUGAGUCUUUACAGAUAUUCAGAAGCCCAGUAGCCAUAACAGUCAUCAUAUUAGUUUUUGGGUUUUUUUUUGGAUUAAAGUUGAUGUUUAAUUAGACAGAUGGAUACCAAGUUUAUACAUUCUUGGAUAUUGCCAAUCUUGUGUAUGUUUAAAAUGAAACAACUUUAUGAAUAAUUUUGGAAUUCUUGUAGUGUUGACAUCCAAUCAAAGAGGGAAGCUUUUUAAGCAUUGGAGAAUUAGAUAAAAAUGCUAGCAUGCAUAUUUGCCAUUGGCAUAGCUCAGUUGGAGUUGUUAAAGAAUUUAAUUGGUAGUGUGAAUUGUAGUUUAUUGAUUGCUUAUGCUGAGAAGUUGAAAUGAGAAAUGAAAUAUUAAUUUUUUUCCCAAAUAGCAGAUAUCUAGAUUGUGGUGAGAGUGUAACACAUAUCCUGUACAGAUGGAUCUUUUCAUGAAUUUGACUGACUAAAGCCUUGACCUCUUUGUUAGAGUGUCAUGGGUAAGAGGAGUGUCAGUCAUGCAUUCCACUGUGAUCUGCUACAGAUAUACAUAGCAUUUAAAUGGCGGAAAGACUGCUCAGUAAAAUCAACAAUCUUUGCAUGAGCUGCUUGAUGUAGAGCUAUAAUGUACAAUUAGUAUUCUUACUGUUUUGUUGUUAGUAAGCCCCGUUUUACCAUUAGAUGAACUAGGCUGUUAAAGAAAAAUGUCAUUUGGUCAAGCAUAUGUACAUACAUCUGCAACUUUUUUUACCAACAAAUAUUGAAAUAAUGAUGCAUUUAGCUUUAGCUAUAUUCUCUCAAAUGAGAACCUAAAGGGUUACAUAAUACCAUUGAGGAUUGUUGCGCUUUGAUUUGCGAAACACAUGCGGCAGUGGAAGGCUUUCUAAGCCUUAAAUGAAUACCAAAUAAGUUCUAAUUCUCCUUGUCAAAAUUUAAUUAAUAUAUAUACCAUGCCAAAUCAGUGUUGCUCAGAAUUUUAGUGACCUGCCAAUUUCUGUAGCCAGUUGAGAAUAAAGUUUCUGAAAGUGGAAAUUAAAACUUAUCUGACAUCAGAAAUCUGUAAGAAAGAUUGGGCUGACCACUAUGUCCAUUGAGCAUGACUUGGCAGCUUCAUUAGAAUAACUCUCUUUACACAGCAAAAAGUGAAGGUGAGAUUUGAAUCUGAUGACCAGAACUUACAAAUGAAUUGUUAAAUAUGUUAUAAUUGCUUUACAGUAUGGAAUGGAUAUGGAGAGGAACAUAGGUCAGGGUGCAGUAUUUGUCUUUCACUAGGGCACAACGUAGCCUAGAAUCAGCCCUGGUCCUUGUGACAUCUGUAUAUGUGGGGUUAGAAAUUGAAUAUUGUAAAUGUGUAAGUCCAGUGUAUAUUAGAUCAUUUAGAUUUUUAUAUCGGUAAUGUUGGAUUUUGCUUUUUUUUUAGGGUUUAGCUGUUUCCACUUGAAUGGCAUUAAUAUUGUAAUGAAAUGGGUGAGUAAAAAUGCCCUUAUUUUUUUAUUACCUUGAAUUUAGCUUUUACAUUGAAAACAUUUUACAUACAUGGAUGCAGUACUAAAUAGCAAUUUAAUAGUAGAUGGCAGUACUGCUGAUUUGGGGUUCUUAAUUGAGAUAAGAAGUAGAAUUUUUUUUUUAAAGACCGGAUGAAAGAAUUGAGGUAUGCUAGAAGCCCAUUAAUGCUGUGUACACUGUUGGUCAAACUUUGCCUUGUGGCUUAAAGUUCACUUAAGGUGGCAGAAUCUGCUUGUAAGAUGUGGACCCUGGAUACUUUAUAUUCUGCAUGCCAAGGAAGCACAGUGAAUGCUGACCCACUGACAUAACAGGUUGUGUACUCAGGCAUACCUUUCUGCAUUCCUUGUGCAUUCUUUUUGUGCCAAGAAGCUUAAAGAUAAAAAAAAAACAAAACCCACUUUCCUUGUUUGCAUUUAAAUGGCAGAGGUCUUAGCAGUCUUUUCCCACUCACAAUCCUGUUAAAAUCUAAGGACAAAUGAAUAUUAAAAAACAGUUGAAAUUUACUGAAAAUCAGCUUAGAAAAAGGAUGAGUUUAUGCCUUGUUAACAUUUUGGCUAAACUGGCGAUGCAUCUUAAAAAUUACAUUGAUCACAAUGUGCUCAUAACAUCAUUGUGGAGUAGUCACAAGUAACUUUAGCUGUCUGUUCCCUUUAAAUAGCAGAAUACUUGUUGUGGGCUGUCCUGUCAAGAUUCUCCUGUUAUAGCAUGAUGAGCUUGAUCUCGUGGAUCACUUUCAAUGGAUGGAAAUAAGUCUGCUUAUUUGGAGUGCAUGUUUCAUUACUUCGCUAUGUUUCGUAGCACCAGAAAAUUCCAAAUAUUUGUUGGACAAAAGCGAUUAACAAAUUGCUAGCAUAUCUUGACACAUUGGUUCACUUUUAUCUGUAAUUUCAGUAGAACUAGCUCAGUUGUAGAAAUGAAGUUCAUGUUCUCCCUUUGUGUGUACUUGUCCAUCGUCAAAGCUUCUGUGAUUUUCAUAUGAUAAACUGUUUCUGUAUUUAGCUAAAUUUGAAUGUGUGAGAUGAGGAUAACCAAAUAUGCUCAAGUGGGAAUAUGCAUGUGUCAGAAAGAGGUGAUUUGCUGGAUAAAUGGGACACGAACAAGAUUGAUUUGAGUAAAGAAAUAUUCAUAAAGCAGUUCUAAAAUGAACUUUAAAACCCAAAAGGUGCUAAAAGGGACAAAUGGUUUCCAGAAUGUGCUACUGGAAGUAAAGGGACAGAAAAUUAUGUGUGAAAAUUCUUGCAAAUCAACGCAAAGUAUAAUGUUUUUGAUGGGUGUGCAUUCUCUUAAGUCGGCCAAUUUAAUAAAUUAUGUUCUCUUGUCUCUUCUGUGCAACUAGCACAAUUUCAUGAAUAAAAUGCAUCAAGACCAGCUAUGAAGAACAUGUUCAUGUUCAUAUUCGAUUUAUUUUGGUUGCAGUUGUCGUUUAGUGAUUUGCUGAUUGCAUCGCUGUCACCUUACAUGGGUGAUGCUGUAACCAUGCUGUUUUCUGCAUAUUUUUUUCAAUCAAUAUCACUAAAGAACAGCUUAUCAACUGUUAUUGAAUAGAGACAUUUGAAAUGUAGAAUUGUGAAGUUUUCUUACUGUAGAUAUUUUUAAUGGCAUCAGAGUUAAUUUUUGUCUGCAGCUGAAUAGUUUUUCAGUAUUACAUAUGUAUAACUAUGUAAGGGGAAGUGGUCAAUAAAUAUUUCACUGAAGACAUGCUUGAUUUAGUGACAUGUUUAGCAGUAAGAAUACUUCAGUAAUUAUUUGGUAACAAGAUGUUUCUGAGCUUGUUUCCAAAGUACUAAAACGUGAUUUUGCAAAUUGCUGUCAAACUAUAUACAUAUAUUUUUCUAAAUCUUGUAAUUUUAAAUUGCUUUGAGAAUUUAAUUUCAUUAGUGUCACAAAAAAAAAAAAAAUGUAUGUCCUUAUGCAGUCAUGUAUUUUAUUUUCUUGAAAUAAGACUUUGGCAUUCUGUAUGUGCUUUAAAACCAGAACACGUUUGACUUCAGUUCAAGUAACUGCCAGUGAAUCCAUUGUCAAGUUGAUAACAGUUGCACUUUAAAUAGAACAUACAAUGUGACAAUUAUCAGAUAACAACUGGGAAGGUUAUGCAAGCUGUCAGUAGCGUGUACCCACAUUUCUGAGCGGCAUUCCAAAUCUAGGUCAGGUUUAAACCUGAAGGGCUUGUGGGUGGAAGAGGUGGUUCUAUAAUGUAAAGUUGCAUAUAGUAACCUAGAGCUAGUUGGACAAGUUAAAGUACAUUGUAAUUGCAGGAACCAUUACAUUUACCUCUUGGAAGGAGUGAGUUUUUCUGACAAAUUUGCUGCUUUCUUGCACAUUCUGGUAUUUUUGCCAUUGAGGACCUGUGUAUUUUGCAGACACAUGUUUAGGAUAGAUCAAGCUAACUUUAAAGUGUUAUUUUCUCAGUCUCACACACCGCAUAAACUGACUUUUGCAAAUGUUCUCAGUCUUCCUGACAUAAGUGUACAUUUUUAUUAUUUAUUCAGAAUUAAACUUCAAGAUUGCUAGUCAUGUCUUCAGGAUGUGAUGGAGAAUAUGUUGAAGGUUCUUAUUUUUUUAAUGUUCCUUUUUAAUGUGAAGAAUCCCAGUGACUGGCAUGGAAUAAAUAUGUUGGUAUUGUUUUAUGUUAAAAAUGAGUUUGUUUUGUACAGUACAAUUUGCAAGGGUAAAUGAUAAGAGAGAGAGAGGUCAUUUUAUUGCAUUUGUGAUGCUGACAUAAUGAAAAAUAAAAUGCACAUGCAUCAUCUGGACAGACAUUGAAAUGACUCGUAAAUAAAGAAGACAAACGCAAAGCAAUUUUGAAUAGGACGGUUGUAACAACUGUUUUGUGUACAUCUGCUUCUACUCCACUAAGAAUUUGUUGCAUUUUAAGGUGACCAAAAGCCAUGUAAAGGUGGAGUAGUUUUCUUUAUAGCGAGUACUGCCUGCCCUCAACGCAAAUCCUUGAUUUAAUGCAGACUGUUCACAAUGUUAAUACACUAUUUUCCAAGAAAAGAAUAAAAUUGUUUUUGUCA